UCCCCAGACCAGUUCCAUGAUUUACUAAGUCACGAUUCAGCGCGUUCAUCCACAACAUAGUAGAAAAGAUAAGAUUAUCUUUGCGAACAGACACACACAUUAUGCUACUAAUUUGCAUCUGCGUGAGCGCUUAUCUUAGCUGGCAUUGAUAAGUCGUAAUUUCUUAGAUCACAAUGACAAGACUGUACUCUAACUCUGAUUCUCUCGGCAAAAGCAUAUUUUCACUCGUGCGUACGAGCAGAAGAUAUGUAUCAGUUUUCAUUCGGCAAGAUAUAGGUUAAGAAGUGUCGAUAGUGCAUUAAAAUUCAAGUUUGCCGAAAAUGGGUGCAGAACUGGCAAUUUUUCUAGUUUUUGUGGGCUGUUGCUCCAACUUAGUGUUUCUCGAAUUAUUAAUGAAAGAGGACCCAGGAGGAGGGAAUCUUGUGACAUUUUUACAAUUCGUAUUCAUAGCUUUAGAUGGCUUUAUCUUUACCUCCAAAUUUGGAAAAGUAUCCCCUAAAGCAGGGAUAAAAAGUUAUAUGAUACUGGUUUCUAUGUUUUUUGUGUCAAGCGUUCUAAAUAACUAUGCAUUUAAUUUCAACAUACCAAUGCCUCUUCAUAUGAUUUUCCGAGCUGGUUCUCUGAUUGCAAAUAUGAUUAUGGGUAUUAUUAUAUUGAAAAAAGUCUACACUUUUGAUAAAUAUGCAUCUGUUUUUAUGAUUACAAUGGGUAUUAUAAUUUGCACUAUAAUGAGUAGUAAAGAGGUGAAAUCUACUGUACCAGCAACUGCUCAGGUCGUUUCAACCUCAGCCUUGAGUGAUUUUUUUUGGUGGACCAUUGGUAUAACUAUUUUAACAUUAGCAUUGUUUAUCUCAGCAAGAAUGGGCAUUUAUCAAGAAAGCUUAUUUUCUAAAUUUGGAAAAAAUUCCAGAGAGGCCUUGUACUAUUCUCACUUGCUACCACUACCAUUUUUUGCAUUUCUCAUCCCAAAUUUGUGGGAGCAUGCAAUUAUAGCUUGGAACUCUCCAACAAUAUACAUUCCAAUAAUUGAUAUUAAUGUACCCAGAAUGAUAAUUUAUUUGCUGGGGAAUAUACUCACACAAUAUUUGUGUGUAAGUUCAGUAUUCUACUUAACAACAGUAUGUGCAUCUCUCACUGUCACGCUAAUUUUAACAUUGAGAAAAUUCCUCUCUUUGAUAUUUUCGAUAUUUUAUUUUAAAAAUCCAUUCACUAUAUACCACUGGAUUGGUACAUUGUUAGUUUUUACUGGCACAUUAAUCUUUACCGAAAUACCAUCGAAAAUUCAAAAUGCUAUCCAGUCGAAAUCUGAGGGUAAAAAGAAGAAAUUGUAAAUAACAAAAGAAAUUAUGUAUACUUCUACGAUUAAUAAUUGAAUCUAUUUGAAGGCAGUAACGUGCGCGAAUGAUUUGAAUCACCCGCAGUAUUGAUAAUUUAACGGUGCUCGCCUUAGUCAAAAAAUUUUUUCCGUUAACGCGCUGAACAACAAAUAGAUACUUUCAAAAUAAAUUUAUAAAAAUAUGAAAAUAGUAACUAUAACAACUUUAAACAAUAUUGAUGAUUUAAAUAUUUCAUUUUAUUGAUGGAAAUCAUUAAUUAUUCGAAAAGUUAAAAAUUAUAUUCUCAAGAUUUUUCAUGAGAUUUUCCAUGUUUAUAAUUAUUUUUAUAAUACAUCGAAAUCAAUUUAUUCAUUGACAUGAAAUAUUGAUGAACUAUAAUUUUUGACUUGAACUUUAAACCAUAUUGUUCAAUGUAAAAUUCAAAGAAGCCUAAAAAGAUUGAAACAAAUAAAUAUUUAAUUUCAUAA